GAUGGAGGUUAAAUUUGAACUCUGCGGUUUUUGAAGUUUCGUAUGUUUGUGAUUUUGUUGUGUAUUCUUCUGCUGAUUGCAAUAACUUUGUACCGUAAAUCCGUAUUAUUGUUGCCAGAGGAAAAGAUGGAGGAAAGACAGCAGGAAAUUCACAAGCUUCAUCGUGAUAUAGAAGUUGCAGAAAGUAUGAAACGAGAAAUGCAGGAUGUCAUUAAAUAUCUAGAGAUGGAAAAAUUGGAGAAGAAUAAGCGGUUAACAAUCACUAAGAAGAAACAUGAACUAGAGCUAUCUCGACUGACUGGAAAGAUUGUUGAACUCGAAUCAACUAUUCACGAACUUCAAGAAGUUAUAUCGGAUUUGAAACCGGCAAGCAUAAAAGAUACUGGAGACCAACAUAUCAGUGUAACUACUAACAAUUCUGAGGAGUUAGUAAGAUUACAGGCUGAAAAACAGGAAGCAGAGAAUGCCUACUUAGUGUUGCAAAACACAUAUGAAGAAUUUCAGACACAGAAUACUCACCUGGAAAAUGUAAGAAAUGAACUUUUAACCCAAAUUUCUGAAUUACAAUCAAAACUGGCUCUGAAGAUUGAUGAAUACAAUGCAUCCAAAGAAAAUGUGGAAGCUCUUCAAGAACAAAAUGCUUUAAUGAAAGUUGAACUCGAAACACUCAAAGCAAAAGUGAACACUCAUUCAUCAAAAGGAAAUUCACUAUUUGCUGAAGUGGAAGAUGGUCGACAGCAGUUGGAAAAUCAAAUCAAGAAGCAGAAGGUGCAGCUUUUGGCUUUGCAAAAACGCCAUUUACAGACAUUCUUAACCUUUAGGAAGCUUCUGAAAGAAAAAGCCAGACUGUGUGAAGACUUGGCCCAAACCAAAGAACAAGUAUCAACCAAGGAACUGCAGUUACAACUCACAGCAUACAAAGAACGUUUAAAGGAUCUAGAAACCGCACAAAGGGCAUGGGUAGAAGAAAAAGCUGCUCUACCCAUUGUUCUUGGCAAUAAUUAUGAGUCGGUGAAGACAUUUGAUCGCUUAGUGGAGAAAGAGAGAGAGAAGACUAAAAAGAUUUGGGAACGAUAUGAAGAUAUUAUGAUGAGGUACAUCGCAAUGACUGAUGAAGUCGUAGCUUUGAAAAGUGAGACUGGUGUUACGGAAAGAAUGAGAUUGCGUGCAGAGGAGGAAAUAGUUAAACUUAAACAGGAGAUUGAGAAGAAAGGUGAAGGUGAACAUAAAGAGGAGGAUCUGAUUCCAGUUGUUGAAAGUUCACUUCCACAGGAAAUUCAAAACAAAAAGAAGUGCCGAUUUGCUCCAGAAACAAUUGAACCCUCUUCGAAAAAACUUGUUGCCAAAAAAGAAACUAACAAAAUACCUUACUUGACUUCUAGCUAGUGUGUGUGUGUGUGUGUGUGUGUGUGUGUGUGUGUGUGUGUGUGUGUGUGACCUUUAAGUAUUUCUAGAAUUUAUACAUAAUGUUUAUUCCAUGAUAUUGUAUUAAACUAGUGGAAAUGAGAAUAUUACAUAAAGUUUUUGAAUAUUUCUCCUUGGUUGCCAUUAUCAUGUAAGCCUGGUUCAUUAUAAGACACUUUCUCUGGCAUUUCAUUUAAUUUCUACUUCUGAGAAUGCUUCGUGUAUGCGAAAUAACUGGAGUUGUUCUUUGACUUUAUAUCCAUGACAAAAGCCAGGUCCCUGCCUUUUAGCUUGUGAAUUAAUAUCAUGUGUUGUGUGGUGAAUUGAUGUACUGAGUGUAGACUGAAAUGCCUAUAAUUCAGUGCAUGUAGUACGGACGGACAGUAUUGGGAAGGAGUUUUUAUAACAUUUUCUGAAAAGUGUCUGGAGCAGCUAGUUCGAAGACUCAUGUGCCAUGAAAAUAUUGCAGACCUUGUAGGUAUGAACAGGUUGACAUUACGAAUAGUGCCAGAAAGACAUUGAUUAGUGAUCAUUCUGUCAUCAGAGUGAGAGUGAUUACUAAGGUUAAUAAAUCCAUCAAGAAAGCUAAUGGGAAAUGUUCUUAUGGUAGAAAGAGCCGCUAUGCAAUUGUUAGCAUCCUACUUAAACAGCGAAUGGGCAUUAUUUAGUUCAGAUAUGACAGAAAAUGUAUGGAUUAUGGGCAAAGUUGAAACAUGACUGUAAAUCAUGUUGUGGAGAAGUAUGUGCCGAGUUACUGGAUUAAAAGGCUGGAAAGAACCCACUGUGGUUAAUAACAGAGAUUGGUGUACUUUCGGUUAGAAUAAGAAUGUGAAAAUGUCAGCAAGCAAGAAUUAUUAGUAAUUUUUACAUCUGUAAAAAGACUGAUGGGCAAAGUGUUCAAAAACUUUAGAUCAACUCGCCUAUCGACUCGAUGUAUGAUUGAUGCUCACACUGAAUAAUUGUAAGAAAAAGUGUUUGUGUUCCUGCUUCAUUUGGUGUAUUAUUUAUAACUGUAAGGUGAAUGUAAUAUGUGCUACAAAGCCUUAAAACCCUUAUAUUCAUUUUUAAACACCCUGUACUUAAUAUU